CCCCCAAAAAAAUAGUGCAUUCUUAAUACCUAUCAAUUCAUCAAUUCAUCGAACACUCUUCAAACCACUUCAUUACCUCCCCUCAAUCCAAUGGUUGCUCUCAUUCUGGCUGUCGGUGCCGUCAUCUACUUCACCGUUGAAAAGGUCCGCGACCACAGGCAAAAGAAGCGCGAAUCGAAAGAUCAGACUCAAGCUCUACAACACGGCAUAGCUGAACCGGUUUCGAUCAUUGAUAACAAAGCAAGCCGUCGCUCGAUGGAAUUACCGCCGCCGUACCGUAAAGAGGCUCUCCCACCGUACCGUCAAGGAAGCGUCCACCAGACCCCAUGACGGACCAACAUCGCGCGUUCAGAACCAACAAGUGAAGCGCUGGUUCACCAGCCGAAAGGGCG